UAAAAAACCGAUGAACGCAUACAACAAUCACUACUAACACAUCUGAAAAUAAAUUCUCCCCCCUUUCCUUUCUCAAGAGCGGGAACCCUAAAUUUAGUUUUUUCAAAAUUUCAAUUUACAGAUCUAUUUUUUUCUAUCGUCUAAAUCUAUGCGUCUUCCGGGUUUAGAGUUAAUUAAUUGAAACAAUACUCAAUCUCCAACUCAGAGAUGGAUUUUCAUAAUAUGAAAAGGAUGGAACUUCAAGCGCUAUGCAAGGAACACAAAAUUCCUGCGAAUUCUGCCAACUCCGUGUUGAUUGAUAAGCUUUCUCAGCUUCUCAAUGUAAAGCAGGAAAAACAGAAACCCGGAACACGACAACGUGCUUGUAUAAAGAGUUCAGUUGAAGCCAUAGAUGAGAGUGAAUCUGCAGUGUCAAGAAGGCAAGCAAAGAAAGUUAGGUUUAGUCAAGAAGUUGAGUAUGAACGAUCUGGCAAAAAACAGAAGGCUAUAGAGCCUGUGGUUACUGGGAUCAAAGGUAGAACUAGAUCUGUGGCGAAGAAGGUCGAUGAACCUGCUGUUGAUGAUGUUAAUAAUGCCACUGAUGAUGAUGUACAAAUUCCUGUUAAGGUUACUAGGUCUAGGGCUCAUAUAUUGGAAAAGGUUGAUGUCGUAUCAGCUGAUGGAAGGAAGCAAGGUAGAAGGGCUGUAAAAGAUGUACAAAAGGAAAGUGAGGAAGUUAAAGAAACUGAAGGCAAUCUUGGCAAAGUCACCAGAUCAAAGGCGAACACAGUGGGAAAAGGCAAUGCUCAACCUGAAAAAAGUAAGCCAAGCAAAAAAGAAGCUAAAGAUGUUGAAAAGGAAAGUGAACCAGUUAAAGAAACCGUUGUUGUUCGUGCUAGAGUUACACGGUCAAAGGCACAAACUGUGACAGAAGACAUUAAGGAACCUGAAUUGAGUCCUCAAUUUAAGAAAAAACAUGGUAGACAAACAGAAAAAGAUGAGGCAGAAGUUGAGCUCUCUAAGGAGGUUAAGGAUGUUCCAGUUAGAGCUACAAGGUCUAGAGGACAAACUUUAAACACUGAUAGUGUGGUUGCUAAUCCUCCAGCUGAAAAGAAAAGAACUAGAAGGGAUGAUAGUGAGGCUGCUAAUCCUCCAGUAGAGAAGAAAAGAACUAGAAGGGAUGAUAGUGAGGCUGCUAAUCCUCCAGUAGAGAAGAAAAGAACUAGAAGGGACACCAUUGUUGUUGAUCUGAGCCAUAACACAGGCAAUGAAGAUAAAGGUGAGAAAUUGGGGCGUGGGAGAUCAAAGAAAAUAAGUGAAGAGAGAAUUGCUGAAGUUCCUGAAACUCAAAAUAAUGCUGAUAAGGGCACAAGGCAGUCAAGGCGAAACAAGGCAACAGUUGAAGCGCCCACAGUUGUGGAUCAAGAUGUAAGCAAAGUGGAAUCUAUUAAUGAAAAGAAAGUUACAAGGUCCAAAGCUCCUCUUGCAAAGAAAUCUUCUGGAAGCAAAGCUGAGGUUCAACAGCUUGAGGAACCAUCAGAGCCUGCAGGUAGAAGGAAUGUAAAUCGAAGAAAAUCUGUCAUGCAGCCUAAAGUAACUGAAGUGGUUCUUCCUCUUAAAGAACCUGUGAACAUUCCUAAAAAGGACACCAGGCGAAAAUCUGUUGUGCAAAAAGCUCAGGGGAAAGGAAACAAGAAACCUCCUGUUGGAAAGAAAGAAAUAGUAAAAGAAACCGAGAAGCGUGAAUCUCCUAUUCGUAAGACUGUUGCAAAAAAGCAAUCAAAAGAUGCUUCUGAAAAAGGAAUGAAAGCAGUUGCUAGUGGUUAUGAGAGUAAAAAUUCUAGGAAACGAAGUGGAGACCCUAUUGUUGAAGAUCAGAUUGUUAAGCCUGAGCCUGCGUCUACACGUAAAGAAUCUGUUGCAAAAAAAGAGCAAGAGAGUGUUGAAAAGACACCUGCAUCUAAAAAAGUUGCAAUGAGCGAAGGUAAUAGGUCUAAAAAGAAGGCAAAAUUGAGUGAAAUAAAACAAAGCGAUUCAGAGGACCAUGUUGAAAAAUCCAUUUCAAUGGAGACACCAAUUUUAAAGAUGGCGAAUCUUGGAUUAGAUGAUAAAGUUAUGGAGACGGAGCAAACUCCCGCUAUUGUUGAAUCUGGUAGGCGGUUUACACGUGGUGUAAUAAGAAGUGAUAGAAAGGAGCCAAGUCAGUCAGCCAUUAUAGAGCAAAAUACUGGAGUAGCUCGUUUCUCCUCGCAUAACACUCCAGGUCGAUUUACACGCAGUGGAAUCAAGGUUGAUGAAAAGGAGCAGCCAAGUGAGUCGGCUCAUCAGAGUCUAACUUUUGAUGAUGCUCUUAAUGCCUCACCUGAAGAUGCAGUAGCUGAGCCUAGUCCAGAGGAUUCUAUAGCAGUUCCAACUGAAGUUUCUAACGAAACUCAUGCUCAUAUAGUAGACAGAACAAGCAAUUUAUCAGCUUUAGAAUCUUUGGAGUUGCCAACCAUUGAUGUACUUUCAGAUGGAUCUCAUGUAUUUAAUCAGAAUCAGGAAGUUCAUGUCAGUUCAGAGAUAGUUGUGGAAGCUGAAGUUCAGGUAGCAGUAAAUUCAGAAAACUCUGUGGUUCCAGAAGUUUCUGAAAAAGAAACGGAAUUGACAAUAUCAGAAUCCACAUCAGAGGGGCUGGAAAAUGAUGCGAGGGUUGAAGAACCAUCUGUUUCUGCUGUGAAGACUGUUGAAGUACAAGAGAGUGAUAAUAUUUCCCUAGAAGAGUCUGACUUUAAUGAGGUUGAAGCUUUGGCAGAGCCAUCAAUGGUCGAAGGUGUGAAUCAGUUUAUUGCAGAUGAUCAAGCUUGUGCUAAAAAAGAUGAGGAUGACCCUGAUAAUGAAGAAGGUGAGAAGGCUAGCAAUCAGAAACAUGAAGAUGUUGAAAAUAUAGUUGAUGCCCAGGAGAUGGAUCUUGUAGUGGAAGGAGAUGUUCUUGAACCUAACAGAGAUUCUAUUCAGGAAUCAACAUUGGGUGAGGAUAAGCUUCAGGGUCUUGGCAUGGAUGAAAAUGAUCCUAAAGAUGAAAAAGCUACUGUUCCAGAAAGUUUGACCACACACAGUGAGCCUGAAAAGGAGUUUGAUGUGGUCGAAGCUGAAUACGAGCCUACAACUGCAACUGCAACUGUUACAGAAAGUGUAAUUGCACACAAUGAGCCUGCAAAGGAGUUGGAAUCUGAUAUAGUGUCAUCUGCUGGUAAUGAUGUUCAAGGGAUCCCUAUUUUGGGCCAAUCUGAUGAUGAAGAUGAAGGUGUUGACAAUGUCAGGAAACAUGAAUCAAACACAAAUGACCAGGAUGGAGAAUCUGAACAAUCUGAACAGGAACAACUAACAAGUCAUUAUAGUUUUGGCAUGGAAGACCAGGGAAUUGGGAAAGAUGAACCAGAGCCUGCUCUGAAUGAAAAAGAGCCCAUUCUGCAUGAAGUUUUUACCAGUUCGUCUGACCAAGGACCAAGGCCAUCUCAUAAUGAAGAUGUGCCCGAGUUGCUCGAAGACUUAACCAAGUCUCCUGACCAAAAACCAGAGCCAUCCUUGAGUCUUGCUGUUGAUGAAAUUACAUGUGAUACUGUUGAUGCGUCAACAAGCAAAGAGGCACCAGAAAACCCCACAUUAGUUGAUGAAGAAAAACAGAUGGAUGGUCACAAGUUGAGGGAAGAUUUUUCAGCUCAAGAGAACCCAGCCAUUGAAGAAAGCUUGCCAGCUGUGUAUACAAAAGAAGAAUCUACUAUUGAUGGGUUGGCCACAAAUCAACUUCCUGGAGAUAUUGGAUCUUAUAAAAGUCCGAUUACAGAAGAAGAAUCUCCUGUUGAUGAUAUGGUAUCGUAUCCAGUAACUUCCUCUAAGGAAGAAGAAAGAAACGAGCAAGAAGAUUUGGGGAAUUAUAGUCAUGGAACAGAUGACUUUCAGAAACCAGCUUCAACAAACCAAAGUGAUGAUGUAGCAGGUCAAAGCAUGAAAGAUGACCAAGUUCCAGAAUUCCAAACUUCUGCCAUAGACGAAGCUUCUACUCCUGCAAUUGGAGGUGCAACUGUUGGGUUUUUCAACUGGUCCGAUUCGUCCCUAAAAGAGUUAUUAAAAACACCAGUCACAACUCAAGUCAGUCAUGCAGAAGAGUGUCAGCAAAGUGUGGUCAGAUCUGCCCUUCCUGCUGAAGAUGGCAUAGAAGGCAAAGCAACACCAUAUCCAGAUCUUUCUCUGAAAUCUUUAUUUACAACACCAGCCACAUUGCGAGAAAACCGUCAGCAGAGUACAGUUAGAUUUGACCUCACUGAGGAAGUAGAUGACACAGAAAAUAAUGCAACAAACAUUCCAUGUUCAUCUCUGAAAGCAUCGCUUACAACUCCAACCACAACUCGUGUCAAUUAUGAAAAAGAACCUGAGGAGAAUACAGUCAGAUUUGCUGUUCCCAUUGAAGAUGACACGGAGCAUAAUGCAAAUCAAAAUCCUGAUUCGUCUCUAAAAGCAUUAUUUAAAACACCAGCUACAACUAAAAUCAGUCAUGUACAAGAUGUUUCCUCUUUGAAAACGUUAUUUGCAACACCUGCUACCACUCGAAUCAAUCGUGUGAAUGACCCUCAGGAAAAUUCUGUCAGUGUUGCCUUGCCUGAUAAAGAUGACACAGAGCACAAUGCAACACAAAAUCCAGAUUCGACUCUGAGAGCUUUAUUUAAAACACCAGCCACAACUCAAAUCAGUAAUGUACAAGAUUAUUCUUCUCUGAAAACGUUAUUUGCAACACCAGCCACUACUGGAAUCAGUCGUGUGAAUGACCCUCAGGAAAAUUCUGUCAGUCUUGCUGUGGCUGAUAAAGAUGAGAAUGCAACACCAAAUCCAGCAUUGUCUCUGAAUGCGUUUCUUAAAACACCUGCCACAACCCGAGUCAGUCAUGUAGAAGAACAUCAGGAAAGUCUUCCAGAUGAAGAUGACACAGAAAGUAAUGCAACACAAAAUUCAGACCUGUCUCUGAAAGCCUUUUUUGCAACACCUGCCAUAACUCGAGUCAGUCAUGUUGAAGACAAUCAACAGAGUGUCAAUGAAUACACCAAUACAACACAAGGUCCAGGUUCAUCUCUCAAAGUGUCAAUGAAUACACCUGCUACAACUCAAAUCAGUCAUGGCAAACAUCUUCAUGAGAAUACAAUUAAAUUUUCCUUUCCUGAUGAUCUUCAGGAGAAAACAGUCGAAUAUGCCCUUCCCAUUGAAGAUGACAUGGAAGGCAAUGCACCACAAAAUCCAGAUUUGUCUGUGAAAACAUUUGCAACACCAGCCACAACUUGGGCCAGUCAUGUAGAAAACUAUCAGCAGAGUACUUUAAAAUUUACCCUUCCUUCUGAAGAUGACACAAAAGGCAAUGCAACACAAAGUCAAGGUUCUUCUCUGAAAUUGUCAUCUGCAACAACACAAAAUCAAGAUUUGUCUCUGAGAACGUUGUUUGCAACACAAUCCACAACCCGAGUCAGCCAUGUAAAAGAGCAUGAGCAGAGUACAGUCAGAUUUGAGCUUCCCAUUGAAGAUGACAUGGAACACAAUGCAACUGAAAAUCCAGACUCGUCUCAUAAAGUGUUUCCUAAAACACCAGCCACAACUCAAAGAUUUACCCUUCUCGAUGAAGGUAGUGCAGGGAAUGCGACACAAAAUCCUGAUUUAUCUUUGAGAACUUUGUUUGCAACGCCUUCCACAACUCAAGUCAGUUAUGUACAACACAGUCACCAGACUACAAUUACAUUUCAUGAAGAUGAAAAGCAAGGCACUGCUGCAACACAGGACCAAGGUCACGAUGAGGAUAAAAAAAGUGAUAUGAACUUUCAAGAUUUUGCUCAUAAGUAUUUUGAUGAUGAUGAAGUAGAUUAUUAUCAUGGUGAGCAUUCGAGUAACGACCAAGUGGAUGAAAUUAAACAACAUAACCUGCCGAGUGAAGUAGCAGGAACAAGUCACCAUGAUGCUUCUGGCUUAAAAGAUAGGUCCUUUUUUACUGGUGAAGGUACAACACAAUCUCCCAGUCCUAGUGAGAAUUUUGGAGGCCCAAAUUUUGACAUUGCACGUAAGUUUUUUGAAGAUAAAGAAGUAGAUUUUGGUUCCAGUGAUAACUCGGGUGAUGAAAUGAAGCAACAAGAUACAGGGAGAAGAGAAAUGUAACAGUAAGUUACAAAGGAGCAAAGACUCAGUUUUCUAACAAGUGAGCAUAUAGCAAAGUCUUUGGGUAAAAAUAAUUUUUAUGUUACAUUUAGAUAAAGGGGAUUUGUGUGUAGUCGAACUGUUAUUUUUAUAUUUGAAUACCUCGUACUUUGGAAAGGAAAACUUAGACUAGUUACUUGUGAUAUAGUAUUUUGUUUAAGUUUCUAUAACAUUGCUUGACCACCUUACUUGUAAUUUUGAGUAGAGGACAUUGCAAAGUUCUUAGAUUA